CCAUAAAUGUCCGCAACAAAAAGUGAAAUGCCUGCGGAUGUGGCAUCUGUAACAGAUAGUUCGGCUGCGUCGCCUGCAUUCCCGCUGAUAGGUGAUUUUCUCGAGGAGUUUCUCAAAUGCCAAGUCUGCUGCACUAAUUACAAUGAGACGACAAAGCUGGCUCGUGGUUUGCAUUGCGGACAUACGUUCUGCACGGAAUGUAUCAAAACAAUGCAAAAAUACGGAAAUUCGGCGUAUUUGGAGUGCCCGUCGUGUCGCGCGGAGACUAAAUGUGAUAUCGCGGCUGUUUCGACCAAUUUUGCGAUUAUGGAAUUGAUUCGAAAAUGUGGUUUCCUUGGACCGGAGAAGCCUGAAGAGCCGCCAAUGAAACAAGCCGCCCAACCACAAUUGGAGCAAACGAUUGACGAGCUGAUCGAUGAAGGAUAUCGACUUUUGAUUGCUGACGUGAAAGCGGAUCUGAUGGCAAAAUUCGAGCAACUUCGCGAUGUAUCAAAAACUAGUACAAUUGAAGCCACGAAGGCAGACCUCGAAGUUUUGUGCGAUUCAGUGAAAGAAGCUGUAUAUGAAGCUGAUUUGGAAUAUUCCUAUGAUGAAGAGGAAUCAGAUGAAGAUGAAGAAGAGAAUGAAGACGAAGAAGAUGUCGAGGAGGAAGAAGAAAAGCCUUGCGCUGAAAAGAAAAGUCCUGCUCAGCCAGAACGAAGCUCGUCUCUCGUGCGAGGAUUCCAGAUCGGUCUCAGUCGGCUUUUCAGAAACCGAAGAAUUCACACGGAGCACCUUCAAGUCGACCACGGAGCGAUCGCUACCAAAUUGGAAACCAGAGCCGCUUGUACAGAAAAAUCUGAUAAUGUGAAAAAAUAAAUAUUGCUUGUAAAUAUCCAGUCAUCGCUAUUUUUAACUUAUUUUCGAGAUAACUUUUUGCAUGUAAAUAAAUAAUCGAAGACGGGCAA